AUGCUACACGUAACGCCUUACUCUGGUGGGAGGUUGCUGGCUACCAUGAUGUUCAGGUCACAGAAGGAAGCUCUAACCUUUAAAAUAUAUGGUGACCCGGACGCAGCUGUUGUUGAGUUCAUGUCUGGAGAUGAUAUCACUGUUGUUGGGAUAAACAUCACUACUCAACUCAAACUAACAGGAGUGUUCGGGUGGGGACUCAGGUUGCGGCCGCAGGCCCACUUGCUCAUGGAUCAAGCGCUCAAGAGGUCUUAUUCUAUAAACUUUACUCUUCACAUGAAAAGAAAGAAUUGUAGAUGGAGAUGGAGAUGGAGCUGGAGCAAUCCAUGGGUGAGAUUUUGA